AUGUGGAAUUACGGUCCCAUUCAACUGAAAAUGGACAACCCAUCGUUAAUAUACCGACCUGGGGAAUGGGUGUCAGGCACGAUGGUUUUAACGCUCACGAAACCUUGCAAAUCACCUCAAGCAACCAUCAGGUUGUUCGGCUCUGCCGAAACGGAAUGGCAGCGCGAAAUAGUCAACGGAAAAUACCUGGAGAAAGAAACCUAUGAGGGUGAGAUUGAAAUUGUCGAUGAAGAAAUCAUGCUCUGGAAAAAUGGACGAUCAGAUGAGAUCCCAGUUGGAACACAUGUUUUCCGCUUUCAAAUGCAGUUGCCUUUUACGUGUCUGCCCUCAUAUGAGGGAAAUCAUGGAAAUAUUCGAUACACGGUAGAGGCCGAAGUGGAACGACACUGGCGCUUUUCCUAUCUACAAGUUCUGCCAUUUACCGUGGUCACCUUCUGUGACUUGAACUCUCUUCCUGAUCUGAAUCAACCGGCGUAUAAAGUUGUUAACGAAAAUACUGGCAUACCAUUGUUUCGAAGGGGUAAUAUCAAAGUUGAGGCGCAUAUGACAAAGAAGGGCUUCAUUUCUGGAGAUACAAUACCAAUUCGUCUAAAUAUCAACAACGAAAGUACGAAGGAGAUGAUUUCGAAGCAUUCUCUAGCGUCUCGAAAGGAAGGGAGCUUUGAACUUACGUUUAAAAUACCUUCGGUUGCCGCGACAUUUCAAUGCGCUUUGAUACGAGUUUACUACAUGUUGAAGGUGGAUGUUGUUACUGGCGGAACAGUGUUUAACUCCGUAAUUGCGCUGGAGAUGCCGGUUGUGAUUGGAACGAUACCGUUAAGCUUGAUGAAAUUCUUCGUCGUCUUCAACAGUAAUAGCCGGGUUUUCUUCCCUGGACAAGUUGUCGAGGGAGUUGUCAUAUUGCAGUUAUCAGAAGAAACCUCAGCCCGUGACAUCUCAAUUAAAGUGACUGGCCAUGCGAAAAAUCAUUGGACUGUCUCCCAUACGCAUACGACUACAAACUCUGAUGGUACCACCAGCUCUCAUACGACGACCGAAAGCUAUAAUGCCAGCAUUGGAAUUUUCAACGGCCAAUCGAAAGCCUGGGGUAACGGCACGAAACAAAAGAUCCCUGCCGGAGAGCAUCGAUAUCCAUUUGCUUUCCAACUGCCAGUUCGUUGCUUGCCAUCUUACGAAGGGUGUUAUGGCCAUAUUCGAUAUGAGAUCCGAGCUGAAGUGGAUAGACCGUGGAAAUUCAACCACAAGACGUCGAUGCCAUUCACCGUCGUCACAAUUUCCGACCUGAACCUAACGCCAUCACUACGGACCCCUCUUUCAAAUAGUCAAUGCAUAAAAACGGGACUUCCCCUCUUCCGAAAAGGCCAUGUUUCUGUCAAAGUAUCGAUCCCCAAAAGCGGAUUUGUACCUGGAGAAUCAAUUCCAAUUACACUACGUGUCGAAAAUUCUAGCUCUAAAGACAUGGAAGCGGUUGACGUGGUUAUGAAUGAGCAUUCGGAUUUUAUUGCGUUGAGGUGUGGAGGAGAUUUUCCAAUCGAAUCAGCGUUUGUGCAUACUCAUGGUGGAAAUCAACGUCGUCAUCAUAAGCGCCAGGUGGCAAGAAUGAGGAUUCCACUCAAAAUUCCGAAGCACUCUACAGCCGAGCAGACAGUUAACUUAAGAAUUCCGGCUGUUGCUACUUCUUUCCAAUGUGCCAUUAUUCAAGUGUAUUAUAACCUGAAGGUGACAGUCAGUUCCGCCGCUACCUUUAACUCAUCAGUCAUCUCAAAAUUCCCAAUUGUUAUCGGGAAUGUUCCGAUGCAGACGAUAAGCUAUGCAAAUCCGUAUGUAAUGCAACCUGCAUUACCAGCUGGAAGUGGAAAAGGGCCAGCUUAUCCAGUGCUCGAUCAGCCUCAACCUCAGGCUCCAGUAUAUCCUUCUAUGCCCCAACCACAGCCACCUAUCGCCGGUGGAGCAAUUCCAUCUGCUCCUCCUGAAUACGCAUCAGCCCCUCCACUUCCACUGCCAGCAAACAUACCAAAUGCUCCACCACCGGAUUAUGCUGCGUCCAAUACGGCUCCUCCCUCUUAUGAGCAAAGCGUUUUUGGAGCAUCAGCACCCACUAAGGAGGAUGAGGCUUUUGCCCCGAGCUACUUGUACUUUAACAAUUUCAACAUGGGACCACCACCACCGCCGCCAUCUGCUCCAACCAAUGGGGUAUACUCUGAAAAACUC